ACGGGCGGGUGCUGCAACCAUGUUUACGCCAUCCGCAACUCGCAUUGCCGCACCCACGGCGAGAGAAUGGGCCUAUGUUGAUUCGUGGUUGGAGCAGUACUUUCAUGGCAAAACUCCUUCAUUUGAGCGCAAUGCAGACACCCUCCGCACCCUGAUGGCGCUGGCCACGCACACCGAAGCAGCUACUGAGCAGCAGCGCGUCGUGCAAAAGGUCGAACAUGAAGCUGCUACGGAGCUCGCAGCAAAAGCUACGCCGACGGCAGCAACAGGCGAAGCUCUGAGACAGACGCUUCUUACCAUCAUUGAGCAGGCUCUUAGUGCUGAGGGCCGGACGGCGCUGCGUUCCCUAGCCUCUGCCCACCUCUGUCCUGAUGCUAUACUGACGGAUGCCCGUACAACACUGGGCUAUCUAUCGUUGGAUAUACAGGCUGCGAAUUUCGCUAACAGGACCAUGGCGGAACGGACAGAAGCCAUGGAGUCGCAGCUCGAAAGAGAAGCUCGCCACGUCCACGAGCUUAUCCAGUCGCUCGAGGACAGCCACAUCGCCCACCUCAAGGCUGCAAAUGCCAAUGUGCGUGAGUCUGUCAAUAAGCUUAUUGCCCAAGUUUCCACAGCCGAGAGAGGAGCUGGGAAACUUUCUAGAACUGCGCGCGUCACUGUGGAUGAUAUUGUUCGUGAAGAGCAGGAAUACCUAGCCCUGCUUGACCGCAAGAAGCAGCUGGAUUCCUAUAUAGCAGCUUUCCAGGGACUCCCUCCAGACCCUGUCAAGGCAGAAACAGAGCUGCGAUCCCUCAGAAGCCAGCUGCAAGACAUGAUUUCGCAGCGCGAUGCCGCCUUUGAAGGCUUGGUUCAGCGAGAAAGUCCUGGAAAGAGAAAAUGAGCCGUCUUAUGGUCAACGGAUAGAAAAAUAGUGACAGAGAGGGAAAGAGAAAGAGAGGAUUUGCUGUUGCUUUAGAGAUACCCCAAAAUUAGUCUUUCGCUGCAA